ACCACGACAUGAGUGGAGCAUGUGGGUGCUCGCUGAAAAGUGAUACUUCGGUGUUAAUCCCUAGAAGGCUACCGAGUUAGCCUUUCCUCAAGGCGAUGACAUGUUCGUGAUCACGAAAGACGCAGCGAAGCAAAGGUGGCCUCCGACUCGUCCCUGACGACGGUGCCUUCCCGGGCCAGCUCCGGACCGGGCGGGGCGACCCCGGCGGGCGCCGCGGUGGCGGGCGGCGGCGGCAUGAAGUCGAGCCUGGUCUUUCGGGACCAGGUGGCGGCCAUGGGCUCGUGGUUUGAGCUGUGGAACCCGUGCGAGCAGACGGUGGGGCUGUACUCCCUGCUGCGUCGGCUGGGCCCGACCCAGGCGCGCUUUCUGGCGCUCGUGCUCGACCGGUCGCUGGCCGACUGCGCCGAGCUGCGCCAGCGAGAGCGGCACGCCAACGACCCGGCCUACAUCGAGCGGCUGGCUCGCGAGCCGCGCGACCAGGCCCUGGGCCAGCUGCUGGGACUGCUGCCCCUGCUCGCACCCGGGAACCAGGCGGCCAAGGCGGCCUACCUCAGCCUCAUACCGCAGGUGCUGGCACAUGCCUUGGACUGCCGGCCACUGGUGGAGGGGGCGCGCCAGCUGCUCUCUUACUCGCUCAUCCACCCGGCCAUCAACUCUCGGGAUGACCGCCGCCUGCUCACCCUCUGGCUCAGGCACCUCGAGGAGCGCAUCUCUUCCUCCAGGUACCAAGAACACGGAGGCGGCGGUGCUGAGCCCCUGAACGGCACGGCCGGCCUGGACGACGGCGGAGGCAGCCUGGCUGCUGGGCGGCCCCCUACAAGUGGCCUCGACUCGUGGGCGGCCGUCGAUGGCCUGGGCUCCCUGAACGGCCACCACCACCACCAUCACCAUCAGCAGCAGCAUCACCACUACGGGGGCAGCGACCUGAACGGGUUCGGACUGGCACCGCUGGGCACUGCGGGCGGCUCCUUGCCUCCAGGUCUAGACUCAAGCCACAUGGCACUGCACCCCAGCAACCUGUCCUCUUACGCGCCUGCUGGCCAGUCGCUCUCCCAGCCAAUGCUCAAGAGAAGCAGCAGCCUGACACCACCAUGCUCCACUACAUCUCUGCAUCAGCAGCUGUCGCAGGCACAGCAGGGCUUUGGGCCAGGACGACUGCUCGGAUCUCACCCCACCUCAGUGGACUGGCGGUGCGGCCCUCCACCCGGCCCGCCACACGAAGCCGAGACCAUCGGCCCGCCCCUGUCGCCUCAGAGCAGCGGGGCGUCCUCCGGUUCGGAAGGUCAUGGCACGGAGGACCAGGGCCAGCCUGGUUUCAACCUGGAUGGCUCUGGCAUGAAGGGCAAGUGCCUUUGCGAUGUGCCCAGCUGGCUGAAGAGCCUCCGGUUGCACAAGUAUGCCUACCUGUUUGCCAACAUGAGCUACGAGGAGAUGAUGAACCUCACCGAGGAGAAACUGGAGGCCCAGAGCGUGACUAAAGGAGCACGUCACAAGAUUGUGCUUAGCAUUCGCAAGCUGAAAGAGCGCCCGGCCACGUUGCGUCAGCUCGAGAAGAGUCUCCAAGAAGAAGGCGACAUCCGCACAGCCCUGGCUGAGCUCCGUGCCAUGCUCCAGACGCCAAUGAAAGCUUCAAGCCGCGUGGAGGAUGGUCAGGACGGUGGAUCGCUUCAGCGGGCAUCUUCACCCGGCUCGUCAAGUUCUGCUGCUCCACAUUCCUCCGGCAACGGCAACGAGAUGGUUGGAGGUGCAUCUGUGUCCUCCACGGCAGAGGAAGAAGGGGCGAGGUCGAAGGAGGAAGAGAGUCCCCCGUCUUCCCUGGACUCUGCCUGCGGUGGGCAGAGUCCAGCGCACAGUCCCAGUAAAGGGGGCGGCGCCGCCGCUUCGGCAAUGGAUGCUUCCGGCGAGGAGGACGAAGACCUGCCUGGUCUAUUCACUAGAGUGGUUGGAAAAGUGUGCAGCAGCCUGUUGGUGAGCGUGCGAGCAGAGGACCAGAGCGUCAGCCAGUUCAUCACCCUGGUGGACAAGUGCCUGGCGCACGAAGCAUUCAGCCCCGCUCAAAAGCGGCGCCUCUUCUCCUGGCGACAGCAGGUGCACAAGGCCUGGCACCCAGUGCCGCCCCGGCGUUCGAUUGAUGCCCGCCAUCACCACGUCUCUGCGGCAACGGCUGCCACCGCCCAGGGACCCCGGCUGCCCCCGGCUGGUCGUUGGUGCGGCUCCUCGGUGCUUCCCCCCCUGGCGGGGGGUUCGGACUUUGGCCGGCUGGCCGGCCCCAGUGGACCCGCAGUGGCCCCUCCGCUAGGGCGACCCCCCGCGGUGUUUUUUGGUGGAGGGGUCUCUGUCGACUGCCCCGGUGGCAGUAACGGUGGAGGGCCCCUGGGGGGACCCCUCGCCAUGGUUAUCAAGAGGCCCAGCCUGCAGGAGCAUUUGAGCAAGCCACACGUGCAGAUCCAGAGGACCCACUCGGCUCCCGUGCGGCCGAAUCCAGUGGUUGCAUCGCUGUACAAACAGGCUGCGACUAACAGUGGGCGCAUGCAAGCUGACACUUCGGCAAACGACCCGGACCUGAACAACCGGCUGGAGUCCCUCUGCCUCAGCGUCACCGAACAUGCCCUUGGAGGUUCUGAUGGCAUGCCUCCAUUCUAGGCACCACCACGGCUUGCGACUCGUGCUGGAAGCACGGCGGGAACGAUUUUCUGUCACGUGCCAAUCCAUGGCCUCAUCAAAGCUUGUCGUUUCCCUUCCCUCCCACCCUUUGUUUUUUGUUUUUUAUUAGUGCACGACCUUCCUUGAAGACCAUCCUCAUAUUUUUAUCUCCUACUCUGCAUCGCCUUUCGUCCACCCUUGUCGCAACCAAAGUUCUUUGUUGACGUUGCCGGGCACGACAGGACCUUUUAUUUUUCUGUAGGUGCCACUGUUGGUUGUUUCCUGUAUUUUGUUUGUUUCUUGGGUCAUCGCCUGCCGUAUUGCUUCCCCCGGUGUUGGCGACGAUGUCGUUCUUGACAAACGGCGAUCUUUUUUUAUCGCGAGACAACUGCAUGUGCGAGUGUAUGUGUUUGCGGGCAUGCAAUCCUUUUCUUCAUCGUUGUCACUUGCUCAGUUGAUGCGUUUUUAUUUUGUUUACGAUGUGUGGGUGCUCUUCUUUCUUAUUUUCUUUGUCAUCGCUUCUGGCUGUUGUACGGUUCAUCCACACGACGGAACAAUUUCUUUUUAAAUGCGAAUGCAUUUCUUAAUCGGACUAUGUCAGGCGUUUGUCGGGAUCCGUCCACCGCCCUCUCCCAUAGCAACAGUUGCGGGCGCACGCAUCUCUAGCAACCGGAGCCCCCACCAUGUCUCUUGCCGAUCGCUCUCUCUCCUCCCUGCUCCCCACUUUCCCGUCCACUUGCGCCUCACUCUCGACCGUUCGCUGGCUGGGCGCCUCUCAAGAACAUCCUGAAAUGUGUGCACGAGAGCCGCUGUGAAACGCCGAGCCGAGAACGCUGUUUGCUUUGUUUACCUUGUAGUAGUAUUUUUCAACCGUGCACGCUAGCUGCUAGAGCUAGAAAGGGAAGCCACAUUUCUCGCGACAGAAAAACGCCGCUUGCGGCGUACGGCGCUAUCGGCUGCCCGGUGUAAGAAAAAACAGAAAACAUUAUUCUUCUAACGCUGGGUUCUCAGGUGCGAAACGCCGUUUUCGACACUACGCAAUGCAUUCAGGUUUCCUCAAGAUUCCCUUCAGGGAAGUGGGGGCAUUUGUUUUUUUUCCUGCCGAAGUGUGCAACGACCGACAGCACAUCACUGAUCGUUGUUUACAGCGUCUUAUCCACGCUUCACGUAGACAAGCACAUUGGUAGUCGUGAAUUGAAACAAGAAAGAUUCAGAUCAAGAUGUUUGCAUGCCUCGCUACAAUGUAUGUCCUCUUAAAAGCAAGAAAGCAAGUAUUUGUGUAUUCAAAAGGGAAAAUAUCCUGUAUGUGGUUAAUUGCCAAGUUUCAGUUUUACAGAAAUUUAGGUUGUAGCAUUAUCAAUACAAAGCAUUCGGAAUGUGCAAACAUUAAUGAUCUGCCUCUUUCACGAUGCCAUGGUGCAUGCUCUCUUCCCCUAGCAGAAAAUUUGUGAAACUUCUUUCGUUCUUGGAGCCUUUCGUUCUGGCGAAACCAGUUGUCGCCGCCCCCACCGAAAUGAUAGAGGGCAGCACAGGAAAUUAAAAAAAAAGUGGAUGUCUAGAUGGGCAAACACGAGAGACAUCGUAUGGCCGUUGCAAUCUUUCUUAGUAUUCACAAAGCUCAGUAACUUGAAAAGAGGUCUCUUACACGGGGCAAAUGGUGUGAGUGCCUUGCCGUCAAUGUGUGGAAAUGCAGAUCUAAAGCAAGUCUGAGGAACAGUCUAGCCAAACAAAGCGUGACGACUUGUUUCUGAAACAAGUUCGCUGUGGUGGCGUAGGAUAUGGCGCUCGGCUGCUGAACCGAAGGUCGCGAGUUGGAUUACAGCCGUGGCGGUUGCAUUUCGGUGGAGGUGAAAUGGUAGAGACGUGUUGCGAUGUCAGUGCAUGUUAAAAAAUAUUAGAUGGUCGAAAGCUCCGGAGCCCUCAACUAUGCUGUCCCACAUAAUCGUAUAGUGGUUUUGGGACGUUAAACCCCAGAUAUUGUUGUCAAGUCAUGACCACUACUUGACCGGGGCGAUGCGCAUGAUGGCACCCGCCCAUUUCGUCCAUCUCCUCAACGCUGUCGUCAACAGCCAAAUGAGCUAUGGGAUUCGUGCAGAUUAGUAGUUUGUGCAGUUGUUUGCCGUGUGGAUACACCUGCACGGGCAGUGCAGCAAUGGUGGAACUCUCCACCCAGUCACUUCGUCCUGCGAAAAGCGAAGCCGAAGCAUGUGGCCAUCGUUGGGGAUCCUGGCGUGCAACUUGGCGCCCCUCAUCUUCCUUUCUUAGUGUGUGGAUGCCUCCCAUCUCCCCUUUGAUACAUUGCCGAUCGAUUGCGCCCAUCGUUGCGCUGUAAUUGCAAAUUUGGCGCGCAGACUUUUUUUUUUUUUAGAGAUGUGUGAAAACUUGCAGUUUUACGUGCCUUAGUCUAUGAUCUGUUGAUCAGUGCCGUGUGCGCGUGCAUGUCUUAGAAAGGGGUUUAUCUGUGGAGUGCAUGUGAUCGUAGGCAGUCUUCCAGGCUCACCUUUUUUUGUUUCUUCUCGAAGCCUUUGCCUCCUCUGUUUACUUUCUUUUCAUGGUAUUAGCCUCCAUAUAAUCAUGUAAAGAAGAAAAAAAAAACAGCAGAAACUUGCUUUUCACAGUUUUUUUAAAAGAGUGCCUUCCCUCGGGGGCGGGCUUUUUUUGUUUAUGUUUUAACCAUUUCAACGAACCUAGUGGCUUGGUUCUUGCGUAGCUGCGCCGAAUUAGAAUUGUUGAGAAUGAACUACACGUUAGGCCGGCUCAGAAAGAAUGAUGUGUAGUUUGUUGCACUUUAGCAGUGUAUAGUAUUGCGCUGAGCUGAACGUCAACUCGGACUCUACGGUGCCGUAUGUUUGUGUGCGUGCCAGUGAAAUUGAUGAUAGUGACCUGCUGCGCUUUCUGUGUUCACCCUGCACUCGAAAGCGAGGCUUUCUUGAAAGAAAAGGAAGACGACCCUGUCAUCGUGUUUCGCGUGAAAUGAGGCGCACGUGCAUCGCUUGUGCACCUAUUCUUAUUUAUGGACUCCGUCGUCCUUGCGGGCUCCAUGGGUCGGAUGUGCAGAAUAAUAUCCAAGUAGCAGAAAACCCUCUAGGUUUUGUCAAAGAAGUGCCACGCCCGGUUCCAAUUUUUUUCCACGACAUUUCAUAUCGUUGCCUUCAUCCUGCUUCCGCAGUUCCCACAGUGUGUGUCACGCGGAGUUCACUCCCUUUGGAGUUGUCGGGCCGUUAUCUGCCGCACGCUCUGCGUGUCCAAUAUUUUUCUUUUGUACCGCGUGUGCUUCUGUUUGCCCUCCCCUUCAACACGGGAGUGGGCAUCUAGGAUUGUGUAUGUAUACAUACAUAUAAAUAUAAAUAUUAUAUAUAUUAUAAAUAUGGCAUAUACAGUUACUGUACAUAAUUUCUGGCCAGGUGCCAUACUCUAGUAGGAAAGACACUUCCGAGAGACUGAAAUGGUAAAAAAACUGGGCGUCGGCGCAUUUCCCCCGGGGGCACUGCCCGUCACUGGUCGGGCGCGAGAGUGCCGGUUUGCGCAAAUGGAGGGGGGAAGAGAAGUCAAGUCGGAGUUGCAGCAGUAUUCGAACGAUCCCAGUAGCCACCGUUAAAAAUGGGCCUCUGCAAGCCUCACACUGAGCCAGUGACGGUUAAAGGUUGGUUGCAACCAAAUUUCACUUCAAUUAAACUCGUUACUACUGAGGAGCACGGUACUAGUGAAGCGUUCUCAACAAGGUAACCAGGCUCAUCGUGUAACAUUCUUGUGGGCAACCUGCAGCGAUGGCCUAAGUGGGCAGUGCCCGCGCAUGAUGUCUGUCACUACAGCAAAAUUCCGGGUAGAUCGUGUCCGAUAUAUUCAGGUCUUGCCUGUCUUGCCUGUCUUGCCUGACAAAAUGCCGUUGAGCCACGCCUUCACGCUGGGGUCACGCAUCACGCAUCACAGUAGUAGUGUUUUUUUUACGUCUCCAGUUUUGUCGUCGAAAACCAGGUUGUUAGAAAAGCUUGUUGGGAUGCGUCUGCUUUCAGAGCAAGAAUUUUCGACACAAGCUUCUCUGCACCUCAGUAUGUUAAAACAUGCUUUUUAUACGGUGCGAAAGUUUUGUUGAAGCUGGCCUUUAUCGCCGCAGGGGAUCAGUGAUGAGCUUACAUUGGCUGCGCACCUAGGUUUACUUCGGCGAUGCAAUGGCACAGAUGUUUUGCUUUCACGUUUCCUAUUUGUGACUCGCUGCCGAUGGUAUUUCUUCAUUUUUCUCUCUUGCAACACCCCUCGAACGAAGCUGAGAGAAAAAGCAGGAGAUUGUUUCGCUAUCUCCUACCCUCAUCGCUCUAUCCGUCGUGCAACACUGCAGGACCGGUGUUGCGCAUCGCCAAAAGGCACUCGCAGUGAAGUGUCUGAAAAAAAAAAAAAAAUUAUGGUGAUGACCUUCAUGUGCAUUGUGGUGAAUCUUAGGCCACACAGCACCCUAAGCUAUUGCUUGAGUGUCUGAGAAAGCAAUGGCCUAGAUACAGGAACAGCAUUGAUCUGAGAGAGUUUUUGGAAGUAGCUGUAUGAUUUGGGGGGCGUAGCAUGCCCGAAAAGUGUCGUCGGUCCUCGAAACCCAGCUGCGCAUCCAUGUUGUUCUCUUUGCGAUGUCAGCAGGCUGCAUCAACCAGAGUUGACAUGCUAUUUUUCUCUGCCAGCGAUUUCAAUAGAACUGAAUUGGGAAUUUGUGGCACUUUAUGGAGGAGGUUCAGGAAAUUAUUUCAAAAAGUUUAGAGACGUGAUCAAUUUGUGUAUUGUCGGCAAGCCCCGAAACCUGCUAAUACUCAUCACAAGGACACAAGGUCAUCAGGUUAUACAGUAAGCAGCAUUCUAGGUAGAUUACUAACGGCACCCAAGGUAAUAUGUGACACUAAAGUAAGCUGUCGUUUUCACUGUCAUCACAAUUGGGCACUUUCAUUUAUUGCAGUUAAAACAGAAUCUGUGGAAAGGCUUUGGAGACAGUUACAUGAGAAAUUGUAAAAUUGAAAACUUCUUUAACAAUAAAAAAGAGGGAGGGGUGCCAAUCAUUAGAUUGAUGCUAAAUGAGAGCAAUGCCACACUAUUUUCAGUCUUUUUGAAAUGCUGCCUCCCAUCAUGUCAAAAUUCAACUGCUGGAUUGGCAUCCUAGAAUUGAAGCACACUAGAGAAUUGGAAUGAUGUCAUGCAGAGCUUUCAUUUUCUGGCACAGAAAAGUGCCCCCUUGUUUAUGUGACUGCGCUAUGUAAGGUGCUCAGCCAGGAAAAACGAACUCUCGAAGGAACAACAAUUUGAUAGGAAAUUAUGGCCGUCGCCAUCCCAAAAAUCAUAGUCUUCAGUAAAAUGAAAUUCGGUGUGUGCGUGUUUCUGUUGUAUUAGCCAGUCAUUUGCCAGUUGUAGCUGUGAGUUUACCAAUAUUGCAACAAGGAUGUUACAUCCAGCAGGCUUGUAAGGCAGAAUCAACCAAAUUAGCCAGGAAAUUAGAAAAACCAAUCAAAAAGUAGUCAACUUGAGCCAAAGUCAGUAAAAGUAGCCCGAAGUAGCCGUGCAUAUGUGAAAAUGAUUACGGUGCUUAUAAUCAAAUGACUAAAUUAUAUACCAUCUUUGUGGUUAACUACUACAGCAAGAACCCUUCAAAGUGAUACUCGGAGAUAACAACAUACAUUGUUGACUUUACCAACCACUUCGUGUAGGAUGACAAAGUUUCUGCGUAAUCCCGGCUGCAUUUCCGAUGGAGGCGGAAAUUUUAUAGGCCUGUGUGCUCAGAUUUGGGCGCACAUUCAAGAACCCCAGAUGGUUGAAAUUUUCAGAGCCUUCCCCUACGGCGUCUCUCAUAAUCUUAUGGUGGUUUUGGGACGUUAAACCUCACAUAUCAAUCAAUCAAUCAAUCAAAGUUUCUUCAUCACUAUUCACUUACAGCAUAUUGCUAAUUUGUUUAUAUUCGGGCUGCAUGAAACUAGCCAAAAAGUAGCCAAUACUGUUUUCUUCUGCCGCCACCGGCCUUGAAAAGUUGCCAAAUUUGCGCAAAGUAGCCACACCUGGCUACCCAGACAUCCACAUGCUUCCGAAACUUCACGUGUUUUCCUAUGUAUGAUGAUUGGAUGAAAUGGCAUGUUUAUAAGCAGCUCUCGAGAAAAGCAGUAGCAUACCUGGUAGCUGGCGAUCAAUCUUCUGUAUUUCUUUGAUGUUAAGAAUUUCGGCCUAGUGUCUGUAAUUCCAAAAGCUCCAGCUCUUUCCUGGUUAAGGUUGGCUUAAGGUUGCCAAAACUUCACUUGCCCAUGUACACGUGCUCUCCAGAGCAGUGUUUUCUUCGAAAAUGGAAUAAUCUUUGUUGGAAAUGAAGCUUCCUAUUGGAAUAAGUCUCGUAGCAAGCAGGCCAGUACGAUCAUGUGAACAUCACUGGGGCGCCUUAAAUUGCAAGAUUUAACAGCAGGUGUGAGUAGGAAUAUGCAGUGGUGGUUAAAGGAAAAUCAGGUUAAAACACACUGUAUCAAUGUAGAUCAUAUUCUUUGAAAACAAUUUUGUCAAAUUGACAGCUAAUAUUGCCAGAGUGGUGCUAGCGCCUCGAUGUUGGCCUGGUAUCCCAGAUGUGAAGUAUGUCUGCUGAUGUUAACAUUUUUUUUUUACGAAAUUUACUGCAACUAGUCAUCUUUAAUGCACAAUGUAGCCUGUCUUCAUGUGCUUUUAACAUUGUCAAAGAGUAGUUUCGCUUGUGCUAUAGAGAAUGUUCCUUUUCCUUUGGUGCCCCGACAAUAUGAACUGACUUUGAGUACACCACUUUCAAAAACUUUCUCAUGUCAGAUGCACGGUGGCCAUUAACUCUGGUGCUCAUGGUAAAGAUGUUAGCAUGAUUAAUAUUGCUACGGAGCGAGCGAAUAGCCCACUGUUCCAGAACAACUUGCUUCUGCUCAUGCAUCUUGGAAGUGAUUGUGUGUUGUCACAUGACUCCUGCGUUUUCUUUUGGCGUUGAGCGCGGACUGGUGCAGAAAACGGCGCCCCUCAUCAUGUAGUCGGCAGAGACGACACUGUGUAAGCCGGUGACUCGCCUCGGAUGUGUUGCUGAACGCUCAACUAAACAAAACAAAACAAAAAACCUUCUGUAUGACUGUCAAAAGAUGGUUGUGGAAGCCUUCCUCCGUGUGCAUGUGUGACGAGGAAGCAGUGUGCAACCUGAUGUGACUUGCACUUGUGUUGCUUGUACUUCUGUCAAGAGAGAUGAUUUACAAAUAAAGUUUAUGACAUCAUUGCA